AUGAGUGACGCUGCGUCUGGGGCACGGAGGCGAGGAUACGGUCGGGGUGCGACUGAACAUGGCAGUAUCGCGACUGCGAGUGUUAUCGACGAUGACGACCACCCUCGACGCGACAUGAUGGGGCUCUGGAACCCUAACGGCGAGAGAGAACGCGCGACUAAUGCGCCGUUUGAGUCUGAGAGCACGAGUCUCGCGGUCAUGGGUGCACUCACAGCACUCGCGUUCUUGCUACGAUUUUACAAGAUUAACCAGCCAGACCAGGUCGUCUUUGACGAGGUCCACUUUGGAAAAUUCGCCGCAUACUAUAUCUUGCGUGAAUACUAUUUCGAUGUGCACCCUCCAUUUGCAAAGAUGCUCCUCGCUGCCGCCGGCUGGUUCUCUGGCUUUGACGGUAAAUUCGAGUUUGAGAAUAUCGGGGACAGCUACACCGAACAUCACGUCCCCUAUGUCGGCAUCCGUGCUCUCCCUGCGGUUCUCGGCAGCUUGACGGUCCCCAUCGUAUUCCAGAUAAUGAAGGAAAGCGGCUAUCCCACUAUCGUCUCGGCGUUUACUGCCGCCCUUGUUCUUUUUGACAACGGACACGUCACCCAGUCUCGCCUUAUUCUUCUCGAUGCACAGCUAUGCUUUUUCAUGGCCCUGUCACUGUACUCGUACAUCCGCUUCCGCAAACUCCGAUACGCCGAGUAUUCAUCCGAGUGGUGGACUUGGUUGAUCGCGACAGGCGUGUUUUUGGCAUGCACUCUGGGAUGCAAAAUGGUUGGUCUCUUCACAUUCGCCACUAUCGGAACCGCCGUCUUGGUCGACUUGUGGAGUUUGUUGGAUAUCAGACGUGGUCAUACUAUGGAAUCGUUCGGACGUCACUUUGCUGCCCGCGCAUUUGGUUUGAUCAUCGUACCCGCCAUUGUCUAUCUGUCUUUCUUCUGGGUUCACUUUGCUAUUCUUACCAACUCGGGCAGUGGCGACUCUUUCAUGAGCCCUGCUUUCCAAGAGACUCUCAAGGGCAAUGAAUUGCUGAUGAACAGUCAGGAGAUCCGCUACUACGAUACUAUUACUAUGCGCCACAAGGAUACCAAGACCUUCCUUCACUCACACGUUGAACGCUACCCAAUGCGCUACGAAGAUGGUCGUAUCAGUAGUCAAGGCCAGCAAGUCACUGGUUAUCCACACAACGAUACCAACAACGACUGGCAGGUUAUUCCUACCAAGGCCAUCCCAUCCACUGGCCGUGGUCGCGUUGUCCGCCACAACGAUGUUGUUCAACUUUUACACAUCAAGACCGACACCUACCUUAUGACACACGAUGUCGCCUCGCCCUUGAUGCCCACAAACCAAGAGUUCACCACUAUCGACGCCAACGACGAGUCGCGUUACAAUGACACCUUGUUCCAGAUUCAGAUCAAUGAUGCACACGAGGGGGAGCCCUGGAAGAGCAAGUCCGGUCACUUCAAGUUGAUUCAUAUCCCUACCAAAGUCGCCAUGUGGACUCAUCCAAGCCCCCUUCCCGACUGGGCCUUCAACCAGCAAGAGAUCAACGGAAACAAGAACUCGGCCGAAAAGUCUUGCACUUGGUAUGUUGAUGAUAUUGUUGCAGAUGAAUACGGUACCCAGAGCGAACGUAUCACUAACGUUGCGCCUCGCCCUCCCAAACAUAUGAACUUCUUCCGCAAAUUCGGCGAGCUACAACUUCUGAUGUUGCAGCAUAACGCUGGACUGACUGCUUCGCAUCCAUAUGCGUCUGGCCCGAUUAACUGGCCAUUCCUUCUCAGUGGGAUCAGUUUCUGGACUGAGAGCGACUCUAAGAAGCAGAUUUAUAUGGUUGGAAAUGUUCUUGGUUGGUGGUUCUGCGUGAUGGCACUCUCAAUCUUCUUGGGCGUCCUUGGCGCCGAUCAACUCGCUAGGAGGCGUGGUAUUGUUCCUAUCCCCGAUCCUGUCCGGAAUCGUCUGUACAACUCAACCGGAUUCUUCCUGCUCGCUUGGGCCUACCACUACUUCCCAUUCUUCCUCAUGAACCGCCAGCUCUUUGUCCACCACUACCUCCCAGCACAUCUCGCAUCCGCCCUUGUUGCCGGUUCCGUCUUCAACUUCAUCCUUUCUGAAACCAUUCACUAUCCUAUCUCUAUUGCUGGCCCAUCCACCCGUCUUCGCCCCCGUCAAAAGAGCGAUCUCGGAUUCAAGGCUGCCAUCGCAGCUACUGGAUUCGCUGUCGCACUUUUGAUGGUGUUCCUGUUCAUUGCGCCAUUGACAUACGGAACGAGCUCGCUCGACGGCCACCAAGUCAACAGGAGGAGAAUUCUGUCCACCUGGACUUUGCACUUUGCGGGCAAAUAA